AUGUCCUCCAGAUACGCAGCCGCCCGCCCCAAACGCGCAGGCGAGUCCUUUGCGCGCGCCCACCACGGGGGGCAGCGCCCCGGCAGCCCGGCCGACCACCGCCAAGGGCCUUCGUCUUCCAAGCGGGUCAAGUUUGACGUGCGCAACCCCUCCGCCCUCGCCCCCGACUCUCGUGACGACGACGACGCCGAUGCUGAGGAUGCCGCCGUCCUCGAAGCCGACGUCAUUGGCAAGGGGCCCGGCGCCACCAAGCGCGGCGCAGUCAACAUCGACGGCUACGACAGCGACUCGGAGAACGAAACAUUUGACGACCGCGCCGAGCGCAGGGGCGCCACGGCCGCAAGUGGCAGCGGCCACGUCGACAUCGCGGACAAGCUCGACAAUUACGACAGGGAUCUGCGCAACGGCGGCGGCGGCGGGCAACGAGACGACGAUGACGACGACGACGAGGACAUGUUCGCCGCUGACGAGGACGGCGACGGCGACAACGGCGCGGACCAGCAAGACACCAAUGAGCAAGCCGCACCGCGUACUAAAUCGAGGGGCAAGAAGGGCAAAGAGGUCCGCUUCCUGGACGCGCACAAGAUCGAAGGCCAGGAGAGCACGAGCAAGAGCGGCGGACACAUCCACCUCGAUGAACACAAUGCCAGCAGCGACGACGAGGAGGAUGUCGAGCUGGCCAUCCAGGAGGAAGGCGUCGACGAGGAGAUUGGAAUGGGCGGCCUGAAGCGCAACGCCCCCAAGAUUGAUGCCUUCAACAUGAAGAACGAGCAAGAGGAGGGCGCCUUCGACGAGGCCGGGAACUUCAUCCGCAAAGCUGUCGACCCGGACGCCGUGCACGACCGCUGGCUGGAGGGAGUGUCCAAGAAAGAGAUGAAGAGGGCGCGAGAGGCUCACGAGAAGCGUGAGGCCGAGCUGCGGGCUGCCAGGAGAGAGGACGACAGCCUUCUCACCCAGGAUCUUCUCCGCUCGCUGAUCCUACAUCUCGAGAGGGGCGAGACGCCGAUCGAGGCGUUGGCGCGGCUGGGCCGAGCGCGGAAGAGCGAGCCAAAGAAGGUGCCAAAGUGGAAGCUGAAGAAACUCAGGGACAAGGAGAAAAAGGACGCGGCCGAGGCAGACGCCAUGGAGGUGGACCACAGCAAGGAUCCCGAAGACCCGGCGCAAGCCCGGAUCAAGGAGGGCAUAAACGUCAUUACGGAGGCGGCGGACAAGCUGCUUGCCCGCGAGUACGCAGAGGUGUACGAGACGGAGAGGGAGCUCCUCGUGAGGGAGUGGCAGGACGAGGCGGGCGAGCGGUGGAGGGAGCCCACGCCUGCCGCCGAGGCGACCACCGGCGGCGAGGGCGACCGCGUCGGCGGUGCAGCCAAGAUGUGGGAGUAUCGGUGGACCGAUGGUCGGGACGGCAACUCGGUGCAAGGGCCCUACGACGGCCCGACGAUGAAGGCCUGGCAAGACGCAGGCUAUUUUGAGGGCGUCGAAUUCCGAGCAGUGGGCGAGGACACGUGGGAUCGAUUAGCAGAGUUCGUAUGA